GAGAGACUGAAACAGUCUACUUCCACCGGGGGAGGAAUGCCAGAGCAGCAAAUAACUUUAACCACGCUGCAUUUCUGAACUGUAAAUUUAAGAAGCAAAAAAAAACAAAUACAAAACGAGGGAAUGUAUCUUUCUAUCUUUCAGGGAACUUUGCAAAGGAAGACAAUUAGCCGAGAGUGAUUUCCUGUUUACAUGAUUCUGUCACGGGUCCUAAUGCCUUUCCAGUCUGAAGACGAUCUCUCCUGUCCUAUCUGCCAGGACAUCUUCAAAGAGCCUGUUGUCCUGUCGUGCAGCCACAGCUUCUGUAGAGACUGUCUGCAGACCUGGUGGAGAGGUAAACCCAUACAGGAGUGUCCGAUUUGUAAGAGAAAAUCAUCAAGGAGUGAACCACCGCGUAACUUGGCUUUAAAGAAUCUGUGUGACGCCUUUUUGCUGGAGAGAAAUCAGAGAGUUUCAGCCGGGUCUGAGCCUCUCUGCAGUCUGCACGCUGAGAAACUGAAACUGUUCUGUCUGGACCAUCAACAACCAGCAUGUCUCGUCUGUCGGGAUUCAAAAUUACACAUCAACCACAGGUUCAGACCCAUCCACGAAUUUGCACAUGAGCACAAAGGGAAACUACAGAAGCUCCUGGAACCUGUUCAGGAAAAACUAAAGGUCUUUCAGUCCGUAAAAGCAAACUUUGAUGAAACAGCGGGACACAUUAAGGUCCAGGCUGAACACACAGAGAGGAAGAUUAAGGAGCAGUUUAAGAAGCUUCACCAGUUUCUACAAGAGGAAGAGGAGGCCAGGAUCAAAGCUCUGAGGGAGGAAGAGGAGCAGAAGAGUCAGAUCAUCAAGGUGAAUAUUGAUGUGCUGAGCAUAGAGAUAACAGCUCUUUCAGACACAAUCAGAGUCACAGAGAAGGAGCUGAAAGCUGAAGACGUCUCAUUCCUGAUCAACUACAAGGCUGCAGUGGAAAGAGUGCAGCAGCGCCCCCUGAUGGAUGAUCCACAGAUGGUCUCAGGAGCUCUCAUAGAUGUGGCCAAACAUCUGGGCAACUUAGCCUUCAACAUCUGGAACAAGAUGAGGAACAUGGUCUCCUACAGUCCUGUGAUUCUGGAUCCGAACACUGCCAACCCAGAAUUCAUCGUCUCUGAAGAUCUGACCAGUGUGAGUCACGGAGAGAGGCGGCGGCUUCCUGAAAAUCCAGAAAGGACCGACUACCAUCGCUCUGUCCGGGCCUCCGAGGGAUUCAGCUCGGGCAUUCACAGUUGGGAUGUUGCAGUUGGAGACAACAUGGCUUGGUUUGUGGGCGUGGCAGCAGAAACCAUCCACAAGAAGGGCCGGCUAAAAUCUGGAUUCUGGCAGAUAGAGUUCUACAACGGCAAAUACAGCUCACGAGUGAUGGGAGAGCCACCGACUGUUCUCAGAGUGAAGAAGAAGCUCCAGAAGAUCAGAGUUCACCUGGACUGGAACAAAGGGAAGCUGUUGUUCUCUGACCCGGACACCAACACACAAAUCCAGGCCUUCACGCACACUUUCAUUGACAGGAUGUUUCCAUGCAUGGGGACUUUAAAUGAGCUCCCACUGAGGAUUUUACCAAACAAGAUCUCUAUAACACGAGAACCCUUCAGUUAGAUUGUGAGGAUGGUGAAGAUGAUCCAGAUUUAGACGUGCUUUCUGCAUGAACCUCAGAUCAAAACUGUUCAGAUACACACAGAAGCAAAUAAGCUGCUUUUAUACGAAGUUUUUUUUUUUCUUUUAACACAACUUGAAAUAUGUAUUUUGUUUGUUUGGGGUGCUUGCACUUACACACUUAAAACUCUAAGGCAGGAUUCAGUUCUCUGUCUCAUCCCGACAAUCCAGUAGAUAAACUCGAGAGACUAGAUGUGAGUGACAGCAUCCUUUGGGUUAUCAAGUGGACGCCCUCCUUCUUGGGUGUUUCGCUGGUGAGGCCCACGACACCUCCAGACUGCUAUAGAUAUAUGGUGCUAAGAGAAUUUUGGAAAAUCAGAGCAGAAUAUUUUCAUCUUCAAAAAUCUGUUAAAAGUUUGGAAAUUAUCUUUUUUUGCUACUUUAGGAACCAAAGCAUGACAACGAGAUGAAAGUGGAGACUUUCUUUAGCUUUUGUUUUAUUUUUAUAUAAAAAAGUUUUGAUAAGCAAGCAGAUCAAAUCUUUUUUUUUCCAGCUUUUUUUUAAAAAUGUAUUUAUUGUUAGCUGCUAAGGAAUACUUGCUUUUAUGUCUGUGGAGAUUCUCACCAAUUCAGGUUGUGAUUUAUAUUAAAAAGUAAGCUGAAAUAAGAUGGGGGGCUGUGGGGUGGUGGCUAGAGAUUUUGACUUCAAUGCAGUAUCAUGAAAUAAAACUGGUCUUGUUUUCAGUUCAAAGUGACUGCUGGGGAGUUUAUUAGGAAAAUCUGCUGGUGUGUGUUUCUGUGUUCGAGCUACACAUGGAAAUUAGCUUUCUGCUAAAUCUGGUUCACACAUUUAUUCUUUGACACUGAUUAAUAUAUGUCACCAGAAACCCCAGACUUAAGAAUUUCAGCGUCACAAGGAAAGCAGAACAAAGCGCCAGUGGUUUGUGGUGAAAAGUGAUACUGAUUUUUAAUUUCAGCAGGUAAAGAUGAGGCUGAGGUUGAAUGUUGGCGAUGGUUGGUUGUGGGACGCACACUAAACUGACUGGAGAUCUAGCAGGUGACCGGUGAUAAUUCUGCAACACGACGAGGAAAUGGUUACAAAAAUUCAAAUAAGAAUCCAGAGACAAAACAGUUCUGUCACUAAAUUAAACUGGACCACAUGGAAAUACCACAGAGUUUGAUAUGUGGAAUUUUCCGUCUUGCAUACAUUUCGAUUUUAGCUGCAGUGUACGGUAAAUACACACACACAAAAAUAAAAUUAGAUUAUGCUCCACCUGCUUUAAUGCAAAGUGUCAGUUUCAAUAAGACGACUGCUUUGCAAGAAUUCUUCAAUCAUUUGAAUUCAUAGUUAAUGUAUGCAGCAGCGUCUAAUGAGUAACUGCUGUAGUUACAUCAAAUGACCACACGUGGGCACCCGAACAGCAAAAACCUCAGGAUCACCAAGACCCUAUAGAUGUCAGCCGUUUAAUCGGUUUCAUGUGCAUCAUCUCAUUUUAUUCUUGUGUUCCUUUGUUAUAAAUUUCUCUAGUUAUCUCUUUUAUUCCUUCAAUGUCCAAUCUAAUCACUUAAUAUGUCUCAAAUUUAUGACUACAAACUCUGUCUUUGGGACAUUUCCCUCCGCGUACAGUUAAAAUCCAACACUCUCACUCGUCUUCUGGCUGAUAAAUCGAGUUCUGCUUAAAAGUUUUGACUUUGCUCCGAAUGUUCGACAUUUCUGAAUAAAAAUAAUUCAAAACAUCAGCAGAUUUUCACAGAGAUGCUCAGAGCAGACUGAAAUAUUACACUUCAGUGUUUAUUCAUGAAAAUGAGCCAAUGUUACAUAACUGUGUGGCGCACUUCCAGGAUUACAAGUUAUGUUCAAGACUAAAUUUCUCUUUCACAGUCCAUCUGUUCAGAAGUGUUUCUAAUUAGUGUAAUGAGACCCAGGUGUUGUUCAGUGUCAUUUAGUUUAAAAAGGUAUUUGUAGCAAUAUCAUCUUCACAGCACAUGUUUGUGGAAGUGUAUGAUGGCACAGACAAAUGAGCUUUCAGAGGAGCUUGGAAAAGGUCGCAAAACUUAAAAUUCAUAAACUCGCAGUCAGAAAACAGAGGAGACUUAAGACGACUGCUACCUUACACAGGAGUGGUCAACCAACAAAGAUCACUACAAAAAAAAAAAAGGGACCCAUAGUAGUCUGAGAGGUCACUAAUAAACCCAGGGUAACCUCUAAGCAACUAAAGGCCUCUCUCAUAUUGACUAACGUUGUAGUGUGCAUGUGUAGUUCAAGUGUUUCCGAAGUCUUGACCUUUUUAUAUUUCUUUUCCUCCUCUGUGCAUCUUGGUUAUCGGUGCAAUUCCUCCAUACACACAAUUUAUUCUACUUCGCUCAAUAGUGUGGUCAAAUAAUAAUAAUAAUAAAAAAAUAAUCUGUUUUCCUCUUCUCUUCAGUGGGGUGUCUUCAGUUGUUACCAUGGAAACAUGGCUCUUAAUUCUGUGUUUAGUUUUAAAAAAUAACCAAUUUUUUUAUUUGCGAGAGUUGAACUUGCAUCAGACUGAUCUGAAAUCUGUCAGAUCAGGAGUUUCAUUUCCUUGGAGAUUUCUUUCUUGAGUCA